AUGUCGACAAAGCCUUCUGCCUCGCCCGAGCAGCAAACAGCCAGCUCAUCACCCAGUCGACAUGAUUCUACAAUGUCAAGUGUGUUGAGCGCGGGGGACGAAUCGUACGCUCAAGGCGUCGAGGUGGAGAAACAUCCCAAAGGCAAGAGGAAGAGGACCGCUGCCAAGGACAAAAUGGUUUUGGAAGAAGCCUACAGAAAUAACCCCAAACCAGAUAAGCAGGCGCGUCAAGACAUUGUAGACCGCGUCUCGCUAAAUGAGAAGGAAGUCCAGAUUUGGUUCCAAAACCGCCGGCAAAACGACCGAAGGAAAUCGCGUCCCCUCUCCCCGGAGGAACUCGCGGCCCUCCGCUUCGGAGGCAUGCAUCACGUACCAUCUUCGGACCCCAUGGCCGCUCGUAUCGACUCCGAGAGAAGCUUCCCGUCUUCGGAUCCGGCUUCUUCACGGUCUGCCGACCACCGGCCCGUGUCACCGGCAUUUACAACACAGACCAGACCCGAGCUCACGAGGUCGUACUCCGAAGCAGCCAUUGCCACGCCCCGGCCUGGUGGUACAGGCCAUGAUGAUGAUGCUUCACCACCGCAGAGCCAAGAGGUCCCGUCUUCACAGAGGAGCCAGGACUCGGAGCCUAUGAACCAUUCGUUUUCAAGCUCGGUUGGGUAUCUUGCUAACCGCUGGAACUUGGGGAGCUCAUUUUCCACGCCUUCGACCUUGGGGCGUGGUGCGGACGAUUCUCCAAGGUUGGAAUCAUUCCCGUCCGCCUCGUCAGACAAGACGCACAGCCAAAACAAAUCCCAGUCCCAUGUGCGACUGUCUCUCUCACUAGAAGGCAAGGCUGAGCUCAUUUCCAACCAAGCAUCCUCUCCCACACGACCUACACCACCCACGACGCCGUCGUCAGGACCCCAGCCACGCCAAAGAACUGGUCUAUCAAGAAGUCAAUCCGCCCUACCGAGCAUCACCCUGCCGCCCAUCUCGGCUCUAACAAACUCCCUACCUCCCCGUCUCGCCCGCGGACGCUCCCGGGACGUCCAAGCGUGGGAAUCGUGCGCCGACUCUGAGAGGAGAGACGAAUUGACCGCCCAGGCGGAAAACGAGUCCAACGGCUCUGCCAUUGCCGCCAUCAGCCUCCUCCGCUCAUCCAGCGCCAUCUUACAACCCAGCUCGACUAAGCGCAACGCGUCUGUAUCCCGCGCCCCGCAGCGUCAAGCGAAAAAGGCAAAGCUCACCCGGACAGGCUCUACCUUUGCGCGCCUUGAGUCCAAUGACCAGGACGCUGAGAAGCGAGACGCUGGCAAGGUCAAGGUUUCGAUGCUGGUGUCCCCCACCGACUCCGACAAGGAAAACUGGUCUCCCGAUGAAGAUCACCACCGCCGUCGUCCUCUUCCCGCGUCGGCAGUCAAGACACAGAACCCCCGCCGUCUAGGCCGCGUCUUACAAGACCACCGCGGUCCAGCCAUGCUGUCUAAUCGUUCUCAAACUGCACCAUCCCCACUGGGAUCCAAGUCCAUUGAAAUUUACGAGGACGGGCGACGAUCUCGAGAGGACGAUGUUGAAAAGUUUAUGCGCGGGGAUGUAAGUCCUAGUAAAAAACCGGACAUGGACUGCGUGGCCGGUCUCUUGUCUUUGAGCCAAGGCGCCUGGAGAUGA